UGUGACAAUAAGAAACCAUUCCCAAUCCCGAGGCCUGAGUUCAUCUCUCAGGGCAGCCCCACCAGUUAAAUUAAUGGAACUAAAUGAAUCUGGAAUGAAGCAAAGCAAAUCUGGUGUGAGGAACGGAGACCCGUUAACUGAUGGAUUGGGGUCAGUAACCAUCUGGUUGCCUGCCGUGUUACCGGAGGGGAAUUGCUCAGACUGACCGAGGUGGCCUGUUCUUCAUUGCGCCGGGUUAAGGGUGGGCAGUGGGCGAGUUACACUCACUGUCAGGUUGGGGAUGUGGACUGAACCUGCCUCUUUGCCCCACACAGGUCGUGUGCCGCGGAGUUCUCCGGCUGGAUCUGCUACCAUGGGGAAGCUCUGCCUGGGUUUGCUGCUGAUGCUGAGCAUAGUUUCCGGGGGCUGGGGCUGCCCUUUCCACUGCACUUGCCAGAACCUCUCGGAGUCCCUCAGCACGCUGUGCGCCAACAAGGGGCUGCUCUUCGUGCCGCUCAACAUCGACCGGCGCACGGUGGAGCUGAGGCUGGCCGACAACUUCAUCCGGGUGGUGGAGCAGCAGGACUUUGUCAACAUGAGCGGCCUCGUGGACCUCACCCUGUCGCGCAACACCAUCAGCUUCAUCCAGCCCUUCGCCUUCGGGGACCUGGAGAGCCUGCGCUCGCUGCACCUGGACAGCAACCGCCUGACUGCCAUCCAGGACGACAACUUCAGCGGGCUGGUCAACCUCCAGCAUCUGAUUGUCAACAACAACCAGCUGGUUAGCAUCGUGGCGUCGGCUUUCGACGACUUCCUCGUCACGCUGGAGGACCUCGACCUCUCCUUCAACAACCUACAGACGGUGCCCUGGGAGUCCAUCCAGAACAUGGUCAACCUGCACAUGCUGAACCUCGACCACAACCUGAUCGAGCACAUCAUGGCCGGCACCUUCACCGAGCUGCUCAAGCUGGCCCGUCUCGACAUGACCUCCAACCGGCUGCAAACGCUGCCGCCCGACUCACUGUUUGCGCGCUCGCAGACGGGCGUGGUGGGCCCCACCGCCCCAUUCGCGGCCUCCAUCACCCUCAGCUUCGGCGGCAACCCGCUGCACUGCAACUGCGAGCUGCUGUGGCUGCGCCGCCUCAGCCGGCCGGACGACAUGGAGACGUGCGCCACGCCCGCCCCGCUGGCCGGCCGCUACUUCUGGUCCAUCCCCGAGGAGGAGUUCGUGUGCGAGCCGCCGCUCAUCACCCGCCACACGCACCGCGUCUGGAUCCUGGAGGGGCAGCGGGCCACGCUCAAGUGCCGGGCCAUCGGCGACCCGGAGCCCGCCGUCCACUGGGUCUCGCCGCGGGACAGGAUCAUCUCCAACUCGUCCCGCCUCACCUCCUACGGCAACGGCACCCUCGACAUCCUGGUCAGCACCGUCAGCGACGACGGCCCCUACACCUGCUUCGCCACCAACGCCGCCGGCGAGUCCACGGCCCGCGCCGACCUGAAGAUCAUCCCGCUCCCUCACCGCGGCAACGGCACCGUCAGGGUGCUGCACAGAGACCCGGGCUCCUCCGAUAUCAGCACCAGCACCCGGCCGGUGCUCAACGGCACCGACAGCCGGCGCGAACGGGAGCGGGAGCGGGAGCGGGAGCACACCGUCUCCGUGGUGGACGUGACGGCCACCAGCGCGCUGGUCCGGUGGUCGAGGGCCAGCGCCCUGCAGCUGGUGUGGAUGUACCAAAUCCAGUACAACUCCUCGGUGGACGAGACUCUGGUGUACAGGCAUACAAGAAUUGCCAUCAUAGUGUCAACGAAAGACCGCACCAGCUGGGGCGUUUGACCAGUGUGCAAAAGACAACAAACUGCGCAAAUACAAACAGAAAGAAAUAAUAAUGUAUAAAUAAAUAUCGAGAACAUGAGAUGAAGAGUCUUUAAAAGUGAGUCCAUUGGUUCUGGGAACAGUUCAGUGUUGGGGUGAGUGAAGUUAUCCCCUCUGGUUCAGAAGCCUGAUGGUUGUGGGUAAUAACUAUUCCUGAACCUGGUGGUGUGGGUCCUGAGGCUCCUGUACCUCCUUCCCGAUGGAAUCAGUUCAGAGUUGAGGUUAUCCUCACUGGUUCAGGAGCCUGAUAGUUGAGGGGUAAUAACUGUUCCUGAACCUGGUGGUGUGGGACCUGAGGCUCCUGUACCUCCUUCCCGAUGGAAUCAGUUCAGAGUUGAGGUUAUCCUCACUGGUUCAGGAGCCUGAUAGUUGAGGGGUAAUAUCUGUGCCUGAACCUGGUGGUGUGGGUCCUGAGGCUCCUGUACCUCCUUCCCGAUGGCAGCAGCGAGAAGAGAGCAUGUGCUACUGGACAAUAAUCAUUGAGACAGGUUACCAUAUUCUUGGUCGCCAGUAUAACUGAAGCCUGCUUGAAGCAGGUGGGUACACUAGAUUGCUGAAGCGAGAAGUUGCCCAUCUCAGUGGGCACAAAGGUGAAAUGUUGAAGGGGAACGUGAGGGGGAACGUCUUCACUCAGAGGGUGCUGAGAGAGCUGCCAGUGCAAUAUGAGCUCGAUUUCAACGUUCAAGAGAAGUUUGGAAAGGUACAGGGAUGGGAGGGAUACGGAGGGCUCUGGUCUCGGUGCGGUCGAUGGGAGUGGGCAGAUGAACAGCCUGGCACUGGGUAACUGUCCUGUUUCUGUGCUGUAGAGUUCUAUGACUGUAUGACCACGUUAGGGCUGCACAGAACAUUGGGGAGAAUGCCGUUGAAAGACUGUGUCCAGUUCCGACCAUAGAGAGGAUGCCAUUCAGCUGGAGAGGGUGCAGAAGUGAUUGGCAAGAGUUGUACUGAAAGUGUGAGAGAGGACGGUCCUGGGCUGUGUUCUGUAAAAAGGAGCCCAGCAAGGAAGAACAGAUAGCCUUCACAGAAUGCCAACUCUGUCCAGACGGUGUGACGGGAAAAUGUCUCAGCAUUCGCCACAGGCAACGCGGCACAGGUGACAGAUGUGGAUUGGGUUGGGGAGAUUCAGACCAAUUCAAGUUGCACUGACAUUCAACGCAGCCUCACUGUGACUGCCACACCUAUAGAGGAUGCAGAGAGAGAGAGUGUGUGGGCAUCACAGCUUACCAGAAAAUAAAGGAACCCAAUUGGGCCAUUCAGCCCAUCGAGUCUGCCUCACCGUUCCAUCAUGGUUGAUCCAUUUUCCUGGUCUACCGCCCUCUCCCGGUAACAUUCCAUGCCCAGACUAACCAAGAACCUAUCAGCCUCUGGCUUAAAUACACCCAAUGACUUGGCCUCCACAGCCGCCUGUGACAAUGAAUUCCACAGAUUCUCCACUCUCUGGAAAAAGAAAUUUCUCCUGAUUUCAUUCAAAAUGAACAUCAUUCUAUUCUAAGGCUGUGCUCUCUGCUUCGAGACUCCCCAAUAUAGUAAACAUCCUCUCCACAUUCACUUUAUCUGUGGCUACGUCCACACUACGCCGGAUAAUUUUGAAAAUGCUAAUUUCGAGUAAAAAUGACAGGCAUCCACACUAAGCGUUUUUCAAAAUAGCUCUCCCACUGUAGGAAACAUCCUCUCCACAUCCACUCUAUCUGUGUCCUCUGGUCCUAGACUCCCCCACUAUAGGAAACAUCCUCUCUACAUCUACUCUGUCUGUGGUCCUAGACUCCCCCACUACAGGAAACAUCCUCUCCACAUCCACUCUAUCUGUGCCCUCUGGUCCUAGACUCCCCCACUAUAGGAAACAUCCUCUCCACAUCCACUCUAUCUGUGUCCUCUGGUCCUAGACUCCCUCACUAUA